UUGUGAAGAGUAUGAGAAGAUAGCAGAAAAAGCACUGACCUCUCCUGCUAACACAGAACAUCUCAUGGAGCUAAAGAACUACAUUGAACAGGUGGAGAAUGAGACCAUAUUUGACCUUGAAAAGAGACUUGUAGAUACCAAGAACAGACUGGUCUUCUUGGUGGAUUAUGCAUCAUUUUCUCCUGCAGACAUGCGACUAAACAAUAGCGUGUUUCAGUGGCACUUCCGUAUGCCAGAGGUGUUUGAAGAACACAAGAAGAUCAUUAAUGCAAACCGUCUUCAGUAUGAAAACAGCCUCAAGAUGAGGCGUGAGAGAUUUGUAGAGGAAUUAGAGAGCUACUCUAAACAGCUUGAGGAGUUCCAGUCAUUUGGAGACAUGCAAGAGAUUCAGCGGUAUCUAAAGAAAGCACAAGCUCUCAAUCAAAGACUUGAGUCAGCUGCCGAAAAGAUACUUGCUUUCAACCAAGAAGAAGAAGCUUUCAAUUGGGAUGUGACAUCAUAUCCACAACGACAACAGCUGAUCAACACUCUGAAUCCUUAUUUAAAACUCUAUGAAACAACAGUAGAGUUUCAAAACAAGUACAAGGAGUGGAUGGAAGGACCGUGGGGUACAAUGGACCCAGACAAAGUUGAUGGAGAGACAGGCAACUUCUGGAGAGCUCUUUACAAACUGGAGAAGCAGUUUGGUGAUGUGCCAAAUGCACAAAAGAUUGCAGCAAGGAUGAAGGCUAAAGUGGACGAGUUUAAAGAGCACCUUCCCCUGGUUCAGGUGCUGUUUAAUCCGGGCCUUCGUGAUAGGCAUUGGGAAAUGAUGUCAGAGAUCCUUGGCUAUCCACUCAAGCCUGAUGAAGACACUAAUCUUGCUAAGAUGGUGGAAAUGAAUCUUGAACCUUACUUGGGUCAGUUUGAAACCAUUAGUGAGGCUGCCAGUAAGGAAUUCUCUCUUGAAAAAGCCAUGGAGAAGAUGGUCCGUGAGUGGGAUGAGAUCGAGUUUAUCAUGAUUCCUUACCGUGAAACUGGAACUCACAUUUUGUCAUCAAUCGAUGACAUUCAGACAUUGUUGGAUGAUCAGAUUGUUAAAACACAGACUAUGAGAGGUUCACCGUUCAUCAAACCAUUUGAGACAGAAAUCAAGGAAUGGGAAGGCAAACUGAUGCUGACACAAGAGAUCAUUGAUGAGUGGCUGAAAGUGCAAGCUACAUGGCUGUAUUUAGAACCUAUCUUUAGUUCGCCUGACAUCAUGGCCCAGAUGCCCGAGGAGGGAAGACGAUUCAGCACUGUUGAUAAGAACUGGAGAGAGAUCAUGAAGGUUGCGGUCUUGGUGAGUUUCUUUUCCUGCUUUUCUUUUCUUCAAUUUAAGUGCUUUGAAGGAAUUGCAUCACUGGAAUUCACAGACACACUAGACAUCACCCACAUGAAGAGUUCUGAGGGUGAAGUUGUACCCCUCAAAGACACAAUUUCUACAUCAAAGGCUAGAGGACAAGUAGAAAAGUGGCUACUGGAGCUACAAGAAGACAUGAUUGCUAGUAUUAGAAAGGUUCGUAUCGGGGAGAAUAUCAGUAAAAUUCUAGGCCCAGCUCUUUGGAGGAGGUCAUCAUGGAAGCAACAGAAGCGUAUGAGAAGACAGAGCGAGUUAAGUGGCUGUAUUGGACCCUGGAAAUACAUAAAGCNAUAUUCAAGUUAUAUUGUUGUUGUUCAGGAGGAGAACGUGAUGACAAGAAUGAUUAGUGCCCAACUAGCUUAUGGCUAUGAAUAUCUCGGCAACUCAGGACGACUGGUUAUCACUCCUCUCACGGACAGAUGCUACAGGACUCUGUUUGGAGCUCUACAGCUGCAUUUGGGAGGUGCACCCGAGGGUCCUGCAGGAACAGGAAAGACUGAAACUACUAAGGAUUUGGCCAAAGCUGUAGCUAAACAAUGUGUUGUGUUUAACUGUUCUGAUGGAUUGGAUUACAUUGCACUUGGAAAGUUCUUCAAGGGUUUGGCAUCAUGUGGGGCAUGGUCUUGCUUUGAUGAAUUCAACCGAAUUGACCUGGAGGUGUUGUCUGUGGUUGCUCAGCAGAUUCUAACCAUUCAAAUGGGUAUCAACUCAGGUUCAGACACUCUCUUGUUUGAAGGCACUGAACUGAAAUUGGACCCCAGUUGUGCUACAUUCAUCACCAUGAACCCAGGUUAUGCUGGCAGAUCUGAGUUACCUGAUAACCUUAAGGCGUUGUUCCGAACAGUGGCUAUGAUGGUUCCGGAUUAUGCAUUGAUUGCGGAAAUAUCACUAUACUCCUAUGGUUUUGUGAAUGCACGACCACUGGCUGUGAAAAUUGUCACCACCUACACGCUGUGCUCUGAGCAGUUGUCAUCUCAGCAUCACUAUGACUACGGCAUGAGGGCUGUCAAGUCUGUUCUUACUGCUGCAGGAAACUUAAAGUUGAAAUAUCCGGAGGAAAAUGAAGACAUAUUGAUGUUGCGUUCCAUCAACGAUGUGAAUUUACCCAAGUUCUUGGCUCAUGAUUUGCCACUGUUUGAAGGAAUCACUUCAGAUUUGUUCCCCGGUGUUAAGCUGCCUAAACCUGAUUAUACCAUUUUGACAAAUGCUGUUCAAGAAAACUGCAAGGCAUUGAACCUACAGAUGGCAGAUCAGUUCCUCACUAAGAUAAUACAGAUCUAUGAGAUGAUGAUUGUGCGUCAUGGUUUUAUGAUUGUUGGUGAGCCGUUUGGUGGCAAGACAUGUGCUUACCGUGUGCUGGCUCGAGCUCUGAGUGAUGUGGCGGAACAAGGCUUGAUGGAAGAGAACAAAGUCCAGACUGUAAUCAUCAAUCCCAAAGCCAUCACUAUGGGUCAGCUGUAUGGACAGUUUGAUCCAGUUUCUCAUGAGUGGUCUGAUGGAGUCUUGGCUGUCAAUUACAGGGCGUUUGCUACUUCAACUACUCCAGACCGUAAGUGGCUGAUCUUUGAUGGGCCUGUUGACGCUGUUUGGAUAGAAAACAUGAACACUGUGCUGGACGAUAACAAAAAGCUUUGCCUAAACAGUGGAGAAAUAAUCCAGCUUGCUCCAACUACUAACUUGAUAUUUGAGCCAAUGGAUUUGGAGGUUGCUUCGCCAGCUACUGUGAGCCGUUGUGGUAUGAUUUACAUGGAGCCUCACAUGCUAGGAUGGAAGCCGCUGCUUGUGUCAUGGCUCAGCACUCUUCCCAAGACAUUGAAUGAGGAGAAUUUGGAACUCAUUAAAGAUUUGUUCGACAGGAUGGAGGAGGCGCUGCUGCAGUUUGUUCGAAAAGGAGGAUUCAAGGAAUUGUCUCCGACAACAGACAGUAACAUGGUGAAAUCACACAUGAAUCUGAUGGAUACCAUGAUGGAUGAGUUCCAUGACGAACAGAAGUUUAAAGAGCUCAAUGAAAGAGAAGUUGCCGCUUGGCUUGAGUGUAUCUACCUCUUCUCGUGUGUGUGGUCUCUGGGUGCUUCAAUUGAUGCUCGUGGAAGGAAAGAUUUUGACAAAGUACUGAGAGAAAUUGUAGAGGGUCCCCUGUCACUGGAAAGUAAGAGCAAGUAUCACAUCUUGGAGAUAGUGGAUCCCCCACCACGCCCUUUUCUCUGCCCCUUUCCUAGCAAGGGAACGGUCUAUGAUUACCGCUUCAUCAAAGAGGGCAUGGGCAAGUGGGAACUAUGGACUGAGGAAAUCAAGGAUGCUCCUCCCAUUCCCAAGGAAAUGGCAUUCAAUGAGAUCAUAGUACCAACUGUGGAUACUGUGCGCUAUACCUUCCUCAUGGAGCAGCUUGUGUCUCAUCAGAAGUCUUGCCUGUUUGUUGGGCCCACAGGAACUGGCAAAUCUGUCUAUAUCACGAACUUUCUCUUGAAGAACCUGUCAGACACUUACAAGCCAUUAUUGAUCAAUUUCUCAGCCCAAACCACAGCUAAACAAACUCAAGACAUCAUUAUGUCUAAAUUAGACAAGAGACGUAAAGGAGUGUUUGGCCCUCCCCUGGGCAAGAAAACGGUUGUGUUUGUUGACGACUUGAACAUGCCGGCUCGAGAGGUGUAUGGCGCCCAGCCUCCAAUUGAACUGUUACGUCAGUGGAUGGAUCACUGGAACUGGUACGACCUUAAAGACACUUCUCCUAUCCAUCUGGUGGACAUUCAGAUGAUAGGAGCCAUGGGUCCCCCAGGCGGAGGUCGUAAUCCUGUUACACCUCGCUUCCUACGUCACUUCAACACGAUCAGUAUCACCACGUUUGAUGAUACAACCAUGACUAAAAUAUUCGGCAGGAUCAUGGAAUGGCAUCUUACCACAAGGGGGUUUUCUAAAGAAUAUAUCGCUGUGGGUGAGAUGCUGGUUAGCAGCACUUUAGAAGUGUACAAGAAUGCCAUGACGAAUCUGCUGCCCACUCCAGCCAAGUCACAUUACUUGUUCAACUUAAGAGACUUUGCUCGAGUCAUUCAAGGCACUCUUCUCUCCACUCCUGACAUCACUGAAGAUCCUGAUAACCUCAAACGACUCUGGUGCCACGAGGUUUACCGUGUGUAUUAUGACCGGCUGGUAGAUGACAGUGACAGGCAGUGGCUCUUCAACUUCUUGCGUGAGAUGUGUAAACCUCACCUUGGUGUUGAAUUUGACAAGCUUUUUGAACGACUUGAUUCCAACAACGACGGCCGAGUGGAGGAGGACGACUUACGAAGUCUGAUCUACUGUGACUUCACUGACCCUAAGGCGGAUCCUAAGCCUUAUGUGGAGGUCAAGGACUUGGACAAGUUACGUUCUGUGGUGGAGACGUACCUAGAUGAAUUCAACAACAUGAGCAAGAAACCCAUGAAUUUGGUGUUGUUCAGGUUUGCUAUUGAGCAUGUGUCUAGGAUUUCCCGCGUGAUCAAACAGCCUCGUGGUCACUGUCUCUUGGUGGGCGUUGGCGGCAGUGGAAGACAGAGUUUGACCAGACUAGCUGCGCACAUGGCAGAUUAUGACCUGUUUCAGGUUGAAAUUGGCAAAGGAUACACUUCAAAUGAGUGGCGUGAAGACUUGAAAGCGAUUCUGAGAAAGACGGCUGAAGGCGAAAUGAAUGGGGUGUUCCUGUUUACUGACACUCAGAUUAAAGAGGAAUCGUUUUUGGAAGAUGUAAACAACUUAUUGAAUGCUGGUGAAGUACCCAACUUAUUUCCUUUGGAUGAGAAACAAGAGAUUUGUGAAAAGAUGAGAGUAUUCGACAGGCAACGCGACAAGUCAAAACAGACAGAUGGGUCGCCAGUAGCGCUGUUCAACUACUUUGUAGAUCGAGUCAGAGACCAGCUGCAUAUUGUGCUUGCAAUGAGCCCCAUUGGUGACGCGUUCCGUAACAGGCUCAGAAAGUUUCCUUCAUUAGUCAACUGUUGUACCAUUGACUGGUUCCAGUCAUGGCCAGACGAUGCACUCCAGGUGGUAGCCCAGCGAUUUUUGGAGGACCUAGAAAUAGAACCACAAGUGAGGAGUGGUUGUGUUCAGAUGUGCAAGACAUUUCACACUGGAACAAGACAGUUGUCCAAGUUGUUCGAGGAUGAACUCAAAAGACACAAUUACGUGACACCUACAUCGUAUCUGGAACUCAUUUCAACUUUCAAGAGUCUGCUUAACUUGAAACAAGUAGAUGUGAUGAAAGCAAAGAAGAGAUACGAGACUGGUCUGGAGAAGCUGCAGUCGGCUCAGUCACAGGUAUCAGCAAUGCAGGCUGAAUUGGAAGCUCUCCAGCCACAGCUCAUACAAGCUGGCAAGGAAGUCGACGAGAUCAUGGUCAUAAUCGAGAAAGACUCGGUGGAGGUUGCCAAGAAAGAAAAGGUGGUGAAAGCAGACGAGGCAGUCGCAAACAAGCAAGCUGCAGCAGCUCAAGCAAUAAAAGAUGAAUGCGAUAAGGACCUGGGUGAAGCCAUUCCUAUCCUGGAGGCUGCCCUUGCUGCUCUCAAUACACUCACGCCAGCGGACAUUACGGUGAUGAAAACUAUGAAGCAGCCUCCAGCUGGCGUCAAACUUGUCAUGGAAGCUAUUUGUAUUUUGAAGGGCAUCAAACCUGAAAGGAUUCCGGAUCCCUCGGGUUCAGGCAAGAAAAUCGAGGAGUUCUGGGGACCUUCAAAGAGAUUGCUUGGUGACAUGAACUUCUUAAAGUCUCUACAAAGCUAUGACAAAGAUAACAUUCCACCAGCAAUCAUCAAGACAAUCCGACAAAAAUACACAUCAAACCCGGAGUUUGAUCCUGAUAAGAUUAAAACAGCAUCCACUGCUGCUGAGGGCUUGUGCAAGUGGGUCGUCGCUAUGGAAUCGUACGACAAGGUAGCGCGAGUUGUGGCUCCUAAGAAGGCGGCUCUCAAAGAAGCUGAAGCAGAGCUGGCUGUUGCCAUGGAGGUGAGGAACUCCUUUAUUGUAUUCGAUGAUUUACAACUGAGAAACAAAUCAUGCAGCCCCGCAAGCAGCAGUAGGGUCCUGACUGGACUUCUGUUUGUGGUGUCCAGGGUAGCGCGAGUUGUGGCUCCUAAGAAGGCGGCUCUCAAAGAAGCUGAAGCAGAGCUGGCUGUUGCCAUGGAGAGUUUGAAUAAGAAGCGUUCCGCUCUUCGCGAGGUUCAGGACAAGCUUUCUCGACUGCAAGAGAAGUACGAAGCUAAUGUGAAGAAGAAGGCAGAUCUUGAAAAACAAGUUGACCUUUGUACCAAAAAACUUGACCGCGCAGAGAAAUUGAUUGGUGGUCUUGGUGGAGAAAAAACAAGGUGGACUGAAGUGGCCAAGCAGCUUGGCAUCAAGUUUGAGAAUCUAAUCGGUGACGUGUUAGUAUCAUCUGGAGUAGUGGCUUACUUGGGAGCCUUCACUGCUGCAUUCAGACAGGAGCAAACUGCAGAUUGGGUAAAAGCCUGCCGCAAUACCAAUAUCCCUUGUUCUGACGACUUCUCGGUCACAGGGACUCUCGGUGACCCUGUGAAAAUAAGGGACUGGAACAUUGCAGGCCUGCCAACUGACAGCUUCUCUAUUGAGAAUGGAAUCAUCAUCAGCAAUGCAAACCGAUGGCCGUUGAUGAUCGAUCCUCAGGGUCAGGCCAACAAGUGGGUGAAAAACAUGGAGAAGAAAAACAACUUGCAUGUGAUCAAAAUGACAGACGCUGAUUACGUCAGGACGCUGGAGAACUGUAUCCAGUUUGGAACACCGGUCUUGUUAGAAAACGUUGGCGAGGAACUGGACCCGCUGUUAGAGCCGCUACUUCUGAAACAGACCUUCAAACAGGGCGGCAGUAUCUGCAUCAAGCUUGGAGACAGCGUUAUUGAGUACAGUAAGGACUUCAGGUUUUAUAUAACAACCAAGCUCAGAAAUCCGCACUACCUUCCAGAGACCGCUGUUAAGGUGACCCUGCUGAAUUUUAUGAUCACACCUGAGGGACUGGAGGAUCAGUUGUUAGGGAUUGUAGUGGCACGAGAGAGGCCUGAGCUCGAAGAAGAGAAGAAUGCACUCAUUAUCCAGAGUGCAGAGAAUAAGAGGCAACUAAAGGAAAUUGAAGAUAAGAUUUUGGAGGUUCUUUCUGCGUCUGAAGGAAACAUCCUGGAAGAUGAGACUGCUAUCAACGUUCUUUCCUCAUCAAAGGUUCUGGCCAAUGAAAUCUCUGAAAAGCAGGCCAUAGCAGAGGAAACAGAGAAGAAGAUAGACAACACCCGCAUGGGUUACACGCCUAUUGCCACUCAUUCAGCUGUACUGUUCUUCUCCAUUGCUGAUCUGGCCAAUAUUGAACCUAUGUAUCAGUACUCGCUCACGUGGUUCAUUAAUCUCUUCAUUUUAUCCAUCGACAAUUCGGAAAAAUCAGAAUUACUGGAACAACGACUGGAGAAUUUGACAAAUCACUUCACUUAUUCUCUGUACUGUAAUGUGUGUCGCUCACUGUUUGAGAAGGACAAGCUGUUGUUCUCGUUUCUGUUGUGUGUCAACCUGCUAAAAAGCAAAGGAGACGUGUGUGAUAAUGAAUGGCGUUUCUUGUUGACUGGUGGAGUAGGCCUGGACAAUCCUCAUUCUAAUCCGUCGCCGUGGCUGCCGUCACGUUCCUGGGACGAGUUGUGUAGGCUGGAUGACUUGUCCAUGUUUAAAGGUUUCCGACAAAAGUUUCCUAAACACCUAGAAGGAUGGAAAAAGAUUUACGACAGCAAUGAGCCCCAGAAUGAGCCUUUGCCUGGAGAGUGGAAUGAAAAACUCGGACAGUUUCAAAAAAUGGUUAUCCUACGCUGUCUUCGACCGGACAAGAUGACGCCCGCAGUCCAAGACUUUGUUACCGUUAAGCUUGGCAAACGGUUUAUUGAGCCACCGCCGUUUGACCUUGGCAAAGCAUUUGCUGAUUCCAACUGCUGUGCCCCUCUCAUCUUCGUUUUGUCUCCGGGAUCUGAUCCUACAGCCGCCCUGCUCAAGUUUGCUGAUGAUCAGGGUUUUAGUGGAUCCAAGCUGAGCUCACUAUCAUUAGGUCAGGGGCAGGGUCCAAUUGCCAUGCGCAUGAUAGAGAAGGCCGUCAAAGAUGGCACCUGGGUGGUGCUGCAGAACUGUCACUUAGCAACAUCAUGGAUGCCGACACUUGAGAAAGUCUGCGAGGAGCUGAAUCCAGACACAACGCAUCCUGACUUUCGUCUGUGGCUGACAAGUUACCCGUCGCCAAACUUCCCAGUGUCUGUACUGCAGAAUGGUGUCAAGAUGACUAACGAACCUCCCAAGGGCCUGCGCUCCAAUGUCAUCCGGUCGUACCUGAGUGACCCCAUCUCAGACCCAGAGUUCUUUACAUCGUGCAACAAACCGCGAGAGUUCAAGAAAAUGUUGUACGGUUUGUGCUUUUUUCACGCCAUCGUCCAAGAGCGGAGAACGUUCGGUCCCUUGGGCUGGAACAUUCCGUACGAAUUCAAUGAGACUGACCUACGGAUUAGUGUUCGACAGCUUCACAUGUUCAUGAACAAAUACAACGAAGUACAAUUUGCUGCAUUGAAAUAUCUGACUGGAGAGUGUAAUUAUGGUGGUCGGGUGACUGAUGACCGUGACAGACGAACGCUGCUGACGAUCUUGGACAAGUUCUACAGUCCGGACAUCAUAGACGAAGACUACAAGUUUUCUCCUAGUGGCAGUUACUUUGCUCCCAAGGAGGGCGAAUACGACUCGUACAUCGAGUAUUCCCGGAGCUUGCCGUUAAUCACCCACCCUGAAGUGUUUGGCAUGCAUGCUAAUGCAGACAUCAGUAAAGAUCAACAAGAGACGCACUUGCUGUUCAACAGCAUUCUGUUGACACAGUCACGAGCGUCCUCCAAGGGUGGCAAGUCAGAGGAUGAGGUGGUGUUUGGUGUAGCAGAAGACAUCCUGGAGAAGUUGCCUAAGAAUUUUGACACUGAAGCUGCACUGCGCAAGUAUCCUACCACGUACACACAGAGUAUGAACACGGUGCUUGUACAGGAGAUGGUGCGAUUCAACAGACUCACAGAAGUGGUGCGAUCCUCGCUUAUUAACAUACAGAAGGCCAUCAAGGGCUUAGUUGUGAUGUCUUCUGAACUGGAAGAAGUUGUGAGUGGCAUUCUCAAAGGAAAAAUCCCCGGUCUGUGGAUGAAGAAGUCCUACCCAUCACUCAAACCUCUCGGAAGUUAUGUCAAUGACCUUAUCGCCCGACUCAAGUUUCUUCAGGAGUGGUAUGAUGUGGGAGCGCCCCCAGUCUUUUGGGUAUCUGGAUUUUUCUUUACUCAGGCAUUCUUGACGGGUUCAAAGCAGAACUACGCCAGAAAAUAUACCAUACCUAUCGACCUUUUGACCUUCGACUUCGAGGUGCUUGAUGACAAGAAAUACGACACCCCACCCGAGGAUGGAGUCUACGUAUCAGGCUUGUUCAUGGAAGGUUCGCGCUGGGACAGAGAGAAAAAGGUGAUCGGCGAAUCUCACCCCAAAGCACUUUACGAUCACAUGCCUGUGAUGUGGCUCAAACCCUGCAAAAAAGAAGCUAUUGUUGACCGACCACAUUAUAUUGCUCCUGUGUACAAGACCAGUGAGAGGCGCGGAACACUCUCCACCACAGGACACUCCACUAACUUUGUCAUGGACAUGCGCCUGCCGUCCGACCAGCCGCAGUCGCACUGGAUCAUGCGCGGUGUAGCUCUUCUUUGCCAGUUGGAUGAUUAAGUCAAUAGACUGUGUCAAUACACCAUGUAUAUAGUCAGUCGUGCUAUCCGUUGUAUUUCAUUCAUUUUAUACUUGGUACUCACAAUUUAAGUGUUGAUAUGACGUUUAUUUCCUUCGAAUUUUUUUUUAAAUAUUUUUUUACUGUUUUUCCCCUUCAGUGCUCGUUUUAGAGCUGCGAGUUGUCCAAAUUAACAAGUGUGCAAACUAUAGACUUGAAACAAGCUUCUUCUGGUGUGGUUUUGUAGUGGCUUCCAUAAGAAUAGAUGUUGUACAAAGAAAUUCUCUAUUAAACACUUUGCUUUUUAAA